GACGCGACCCCUCACUAUAAGGACCCGUCUUGGUGUGCCCUAGCCUCUAUUUUACCCUCUCUUUAUAUCCCUCACCUAGUCGCAAUGGCCAAAACUGCUACAGAAACCACUACCAAAACCGCCACCAAACGCGCAAAUGCAAAGACAUCGCGUGCAAAAGCAGAUAAAUCUGAUAAGCCAAAACGUGCCCCUACAGCUUACAAUCUAUUUGUUCAAUCACAUAUGAAGCCGUGGCUUGAAGCUCAUCAGGGAAAGACCGUAAAAGAUGCUAUGGUCGAGAUAGGUGCCCUAUGGCGCGAAGCACCUGAGAAUCCUAAUCGUGGCAAGGAUCCAAAGGCGAAGAAGGCAAAAGAACCUAAAGCAAAAGAGCCUAAAAGUUCUCCUAAACCCAAGCCUUCUAAAAAGAAGGCGCCAGAGCCAGCGUCGAGUGAUGUAGAAAAUUCCGACGAUGAUAGUGAAGAAUAAUUCAUUCGUGCGUCUGUGCCCGUAAUCACUCAAAAUCACUGUACCUAUAUUUCGUUAAUUUUAUUCCUAGUGUAUGUCCUUACUUCAAUUCUUUGGUCUUAUGUGAUUGAGAUGUAUGUAUGCUACAUUGUACAUUUCCUAUUAUUCUUUAGACACGGACUGUUGGCAAGGCAGUUGUAUGUACGCCAUACCUUUGUCGACACGGAUAAUCUGACAUCUUUCAGGAGGACAAUGAAGACGUUGACUUGAGCCUG